GCGCCCCCAGCCUGCCCGGCUGCCGGUGUCUCGCAGGUGACGGUGCGGGACGCGCUGAACCAGGCGCUGGAUGAGGAGCUGGAGCGGGACGAGCGCGUCUUCCUGCUGGGCGAGGAGGUGGCCCAGUACGAUGGCGCUUACAAGGUCUCCAGGGGUCUCUGGAAGAAGUACGGGGACAAGAGGGUGAUCGACACCCCGAUAUCAGAGAUGGGCUUCACAGGAAUUGCUGUCGGUGCUGCUAUGGCAGGCUUGAGACCAGUGUGCGAAUUCAUGACAUUCAACUUCUCCAUGCAAGCAAUUGAUCAGGUUAUAAACUCUGCGGCCAAGACCUGUUACAUGUCUGCAGGAUCAAUCGCUGUUCCCAUCGUCUUCCGGGGCCCCAACGGGGCAUCAGCUGGAGUCGGUGCUCAGCACUCACAGUGCUUCGCAGCUUGGUACGGGCACUGCCCGGGACUGAAAGUUAUUAGUCCUUGGAGCUCAGAAGAUGCCAAAGGUCUGCUGAAAGCGUCAAUCCGGGACGAUAAUCCAGUUGUGAUGCUGGAAAAUGAAUUACUGUAUGGUGUUCCCUUUGAAAUGUCUGAACAGGCACAGUCGAAGGAUUUCGUUAUUCCAAUUGGAAAAGCUAAAAUAGAAAGGCAAGGAACUCAUGUUACGUUAGUGUCACACUCAAGACCUGUCGGACACUGUAUGGAAGCAGCUGCUGUACUUGCCAAAGAAGGUGUAGAGUCCUUUUUUUUUUUUUUUCAGGUUAUAAAUCUGCGUACCAUUCGACCCAUGGAUAUUGAAGCAGUGGAAGCCAGCGUUGUAAAGACAAACCAUCUUGUAACUGUAGAAGGAGGUUGGCCGCAAUUUGGAGUAGGAGCCGAAAUCUGCGCCAGGAUCAUGGAAGGAUCUGCCUUCAACUACUUGGAUGCUCCAGCUGUGCGUGUGACCGGUGCAGAUGUUCCCAUGCCUUAUGCAAAAAAUUUAGAAGAUAACUGCAUGCCUCAAGUGAAGGAUAUAAUAUUUGCAGUGAAGAAAACUUUGAAUAUCUAAAUUGUAAAUACAUGCUUUAAAGUCUUGCUUUAAAAAGUAUUAGUGGUUUAGGACAAGUUGUAUGCAUAACUUUGUUGUAUGUUACAUGAACUUUUGUACAGUGGGGAAAGUAUAGUGACCUCCCAAAGUAUUUAUAUGGGGUUACCCUCUAAGCCACACUUCAUAUAAGCAACAAUGUGGUAAUGUUUGUUUGUUCGAUAGUCCUAUUGUAUGUGGAGAAACCAGAUUCUAAAUUCAGAAUGAGGAAAAAAAUCCUCCGUUUCUGCUUGGCUUGUAAGUACCAGACUAGCUGUGUUAAGCUGGCUGUAGUGGUGGUUGAGUGAAGAACUGCAGCGAGCAGGAGUCCAGCCCUGGAAUGCUGUACAGCGCUCUAGGAGCCCAUGGUCGCAAGGCUUAUUAAAGGUGAAUGAUCAAACUGCAGUGAGUGAAGCCUUGCUUUUCAGUUCAACAGUUAAGUGCAGCUGUCUGCACAGAGCGGCUCUGGAGGCCUGCGGUACGGGCUCAGAAAGGGCUAGCGUGUUCAGUUUGAAGAGCGCUCCACUCAUGCGGGAAAGCUCCUGCACAAGAGCUGAAUAAAGAUCCUGAUCCUCUUCAGUAUGUGAUGGGAAACACUACCUGAUUUUUCUUCACUAGCUGCCAGAUACAGUGAUAAAAAGUACUUGCCCAGAUGCUUCAUGUAUUUUUUUUUUUUUAAAACUCAUCACAUGGGCUAACGAGGGCAUGCUCAAACUAUAGUUCCUGCAGUGCAAUGUAUGUUAUUUUGUUUAGGCGCGCUGAGCCUGGGUCUGCAGCAGCAGCAUAGAUCGCGUUUGAAGAGCUGGGAGACAGUUGCAGCAGCCUUUAGGCCAGGGUUUAGCUGAGGGGCUAGUCCUGACAGGCAGGGAGAGCUCUGCUAGGCUUUGUUCAGCAGCUUCUGGUACAGAGCGAAAGCUGCCUCGAGGGGCCUGUGCAGUGCGGCUUGCUCUGCACCCCAGCCGGGCUGCCCUUCUACCGCGCUGCUGGAGAGGAGAUACCUACCUCCACAAGCAGGCAGAAGAGCUCGGGCCCUGUUUCAGUCGAGGGCCAGGAGCACCUCUCAGGGCAUUUCCUUUUAGCAGGGGUGCUGUUAGGUUCUUAGGAAGUCUGGCUUGCGGGUGAAAUCCUAGCUGAAUAUAUCCA